UGAUAGAUCCAAUUGCAAUGGUUUAGACUCGGAGUUUUGCAGAGUCUUGCGUUGUGUUUUCCUCUCUCAAAGGCCUUAAGACUUAGUGACGCUUUGGUUGGGGGAAAAUCACCCAGCGUUGCUACGGACUUGAACGAUGAUUUUCUCAACUGCAACUCUGCUGGGAGUGGCCUCGACGGCCGUUCUUGCCUCUCCGGUGGCACCUGACAGCUCUUUCAACUGGAAAAACACAGAAUACGUACUCACCUUUGGCGACUCGUACACGUUCGUCCAGGGGACCGAGGGCCGCUGGGCCUACAGCUUCAUCGGCUCCCAGCUCAACAUCUCCUUCACGCCGGAGCAGCUCCUCGGCGACCGCAUCGUGCCGGGCCAGAACACCUCGUCCGCCGGCGGCCCAAACUGGGUCCAGGAACUGACCGGGUGCAAGGAAGGACACCCCCGAGACUGCGACAGGCAGCUCUGGGGCUUCGCCUACGCUGGAGCCGACAUCUCGACGACGUUCGUCCCCUUGCAUUGGAACCACACCAUCUCGUACGAGAAGCAGAUCGAACAGUGGGACACGUGGGGGAAGCCCGUCAUCGACGCCGACGCCGGCAAGACUCUGGUAGCGUCGUGGAUCGGCAUCAACGAUAUCAACGACAUGGCCAGUUUCAAGCUCCCCUUCAACGGGCUGAGCACGUGGGAGGAGCUCUACACCGCCGUCGUCGCCGAGCAGUUCGCGGCGCUCGAGACCGUGUACGAGGCCGGCUACCGCCACUUUCUCUUCUUGAACCUGCCUCCCCUCGACAAGAACCCCGCCUCUCAGCUGAACCCGGCGCGUCUCCCCAACACGUCCAUGAUCAAGACGUACAACGAGGCCGUCAACCAGACCGCCCGGGCCUUUUCUGAGAAGCACCCCGGCGCGACGGCGCUCGUCUUCGACACGUACGGCUGGCUCACGCGCGUCUUCGACGACGCGGCAGCGUACGGCAUCACCAACACCACGUCCUUCUGCCCGCAGUACAAGGCGUGGGACAUCGAGACCAACUACGCCGCGUACGGGUGCCAGCCGAUCGGCGAGUACUUCUGGUACAACUCGGGCCACAUCACGUACACGGCGCAUCGGGCUUUGGCCGGUAAGGUGGACGAGUUCCUGGCGGAGAAGAGUGUGGGACGCUGCGGCGGGAGGAACCGGACGGAGAGCGCGUGGGGGACGCGGUGGAUCGGCGGCGAAUCGACCUAGGUCGAGGAAACAUGCUAGAGAAAAUGAGAAACAACUUUGCUCUCGACUUGCUCUCAACUUGGGGCUUAUUUGUCGAGAGCCUCGUGGGCUGGCGUUACUUGUGUCGUGUUGCCAGGUCGAGGGCUGCGUUUUUCCUAACUCCCCGUCGACACAUCAUUGAACUCUACCGGGCAAUGGUCUGGAAAUAGUGUGGAAACCCGGGUGUUCGACCUACCGAACGAACGAUUGCCCUGUACUUUGCUCUCCGUCAUCGUAUUGCCGGCAUGGCUCUCCUUGCAAAACAUCGUGGGGGGCGGUGGGGGUGUCAACGUGAAUGAGAAGCAAGUGUUGUCGCAAGGGGCCAAAAGGGAUUAGACGUCGACAUUAACCACCAAGAAAUAACGCUGUAGUAUAACAAAACACCAAAGAAAACCC